CUAAAUGUGUCGCCAAGUGUAAAGCUAAAUAUUUAGAAAAUAUUCAAAUCCCCAAUGAAACCACGCCCGCUUCAAAUCGCGCGGCAAAGAUCGAGCGGCAAAGUCAAAGACAAAGACAAAGACAAAGUCAAGCAGGCAUGGCCGGUUCUCUCGGAGUCCAGGACAUCGAACGGGUGGUUAUUGCAGCUGUACGGGCUGCACUCCAGGGUGUAGCUCCCCCGGUCCAGUCCACAUCAGCAACGGUUUCAACACCAGCGGUGCCCAGUGCCUCAGGCACUUCCAACUUUGCCACCACCGUCACAUCACUGAGAUCAGCUCCUCUGCCAUCCAUCCCGCUACGUAAUCGGGCUCAAUCGGGAUACUUGAGACGAAGGAAUGUCAAAACAUACACGUAGGAUGUUGUAUGUUUAACUUUUUCACCGGGGGUAUCGGUCUUCAUUAUACCCAGAGGAGAAACUCGGACCAGGUUAGCUACGGCUGGCCUUGUUGGAAAAAAUUAUUUUUCCACAGAAUGGUCUGAAGACCAAGUGAGAGCUGAAAUAACAGCUAUCUUCAGUGGAGCAUUUGGCUUAUCAGAGCACCAGUCACUUCCAUUUCAGUUUUUGAGCACCAUCAAGGGGUGUAAAAAACUGAUGAUACCGAAGGUCACCUCCAAUUUCCCCUGGGGUGGUAAAGAAGUUGCCUCCGUCUGUUCCAGCACAUGCCUGUAUAUUAUGGCAGAAAUGGAAGUUCCUGCACAGAACUGUAGUGUGGAGCUGUCUGAUGACAGUGAUUUUGAAAGCCCGGUUGUACAACGAAGGAGAGUGACUCGGAGAGAUGCACCGUCCAGAGCCCAGAGCGAACACUGUGAGAGGCAAGAGAGGGUGGAAGCCAGUGCUCCUCCAUCUAAUGAUGGGAUGGACCUACAGGGACAGCGAGGGCCAAAUGAAGCUAUGAAUCACUUUGCAGUGACUCAGAGACAUGCACCGUCCAGAGCCCAGAGCGAACACUGUGAGAGGCAAGAGAGGGUGGAAGCCAGUGCUCCUCCAUCCGAUGAUGGGAUGGACCUACAGGGACAGCGAGGGCCAAAUGAAGCUAUGAAUCACUUUGCAGAUUUCAUUCCUAUUGAUAUUGAAGAAGAUGAAGCCAUUGAGGAGGCCAUCAGACGCAGUCUUUUAGAAGAGUCUGUGCAGCCCUCACAGGAUUCAAGGUUUGCAGAAAGUUUGAGCAUAGAAGAAAUUACAGGAAUUGUGAAAGCUCACAGUGAGAGGGUUGUCACAGAAGCAUACAGACCAAUCUACAUCAGCCGAGGGAACGUGUGGACAACUGCCCUCCGACAGUUUAGUAGACGGAAAUUCACUGAGUGCACCGAUCUGCUGUAUGUCACCUUUGCCAGUGACGAAGGCACCAACGAAGAUGGAGAAGACCUCGGAGGGCCACGGCGAGAAUUCCUCCGUCUGCUUGUUAAAGCCAUCUUCAAAGAGAGUGGAGCAUUUGAAGAGUCUCUAAAUGGCUUCACUCCAAGAAUGAACAUUUCUCAUGUGCAGAAUGGAGUGUACCGCACUAUUGGACAGAUGAUGUCUACCAUCAUCGUCCAGGGUGGUGAACCUCCAGCCCUCCUUUCUCCUCUGGUAGUGGACUACCUUCUGACAGGACACAUCUUUCAGUUGAAGGUCACUCCAGAGGAUGUAGCUGACAUGGAACUGAGAGAAGCCCUGAAGAAGGUUGAUCAAGCAUUAACCACAGAGGAGCUGGAGCAAGCAGUGGAAUGCUGUGACUCAUGGAGAUACCAACUCGAAGGUCUUCCGAACCCAGUCAGCAUGGACAACAAAGAUGCAUUUGUGCAGAAUGCAAUACUUUUCCAUGUCGUCAUUCAACGACAGAGCUGCUAUGAUCAGUUAGUUGAGGGUUUGAAGUACUACGAGGUAAGUUUAGACUUAAAUGUAACUAAUUGCAUUCUAGUGUACAACAGAUGGUGAAUUGCUUGUGCAUGAUUUUUAUAGCACACUGGAACACUGUUCAGUCCCAUUCAAAAUAAACAAUGUGAAUUAUCUACAGAUCGCACGAGUGUUCAGACACCGACUACAUUACUUGCCCAC